AUGGUAGAAGGAAAAAGACAGUCUGAUGGAUAUUACGACUACAUUAUAGGCGAAUGCAUAUACAGCACCAGUGAUUACAGUAAUAUGGUGUGUCUUGUAUCAUAUUCCUUCAAUAAAGUUGUGGAUGUUCAGUACAACAGCUCUGUGGGGGAGUUUGUGGGGUACACUGAACAAGGAGUGAAAUUUGCAGAGAACUUUAACAAAAACCAGGCAUACCUGCAGCAACUGAAAGCUGAAGUGAACAGAGUUUGCAGACAUAAUGCUCAGAUCUUUGACUCAGCUGUCCGUGAUAAAGCAGUACUACCGAAGGUUACAAUCAAGUCAGUGAAGCAGGCUGAAGGCAAACAUCCAGCUAUGUUGCUGUGCAGUGCAUAUGAAUUCUACCCUAAAAAAAUUAAAAUGUACUGGCUGAGAGACGGUAAAGAGGUGACCUCAGAUGUGACCUCCACUAUGGAGAUGGCUAAUGGUAACUGGUACUAUCAGAUUCACUCUCACCUGGAAUACACUCCCAAAUCUGGAGAGAAGAUCCAAUGUGUGGUGGAGCAUGCAAGCUCAACUCAACCUAUUACUAAAGUAUGGAAUCCACAUAUCUCUGAGUCUGACAGGAAUAAAUUUGCCAUAGGAGCCUCGGGUCUGGUGCUGGGAAUCAUCAUAGCGAUUGCUGGACUCAUUUACUACAAGAAGAAAUCAACAGGGAGGAUCCUGGUACCAAACUGACAGCAGUGGGACUGAUGUUACCCCAUGGCUACUUUAAGAAGACCUGAUUGGACAACUGAUGCACUCUUCAUUACACAACUUUCAUACACAUUCUCCUUAUAAUCAAUUCUUUGUUUUUGUAUUUUUAAAGUAAUAAUGAAAACAACAAAAAACAACAUCAAGCAUACUACAUGAUUUGUAUUUGAGAAUCUCCAUGUAAUAUUGUUUGUAAUCAAAUAGUGUACUUUAAAGAGAUUAGUUUAGUAAUUAUGUUUGCUUCAGCUCAAAUAUGGAAGAAAAGGGAAUGAUGAUGUAAAAAGGUUUUCAGUCUUAUGCUUUCAUGCCUGUUUAUACUAUUAUAAAACUAUACAAAGUUUUAAUUUAAGUCUGAGCUCAUUCUGCAUAAAUGGUUAAAAUAUGUCCUUUGCAUAGUAGAGAAUGCUUAUAAAAUGUAAGCAUUUAUUCAUGGCUCUUUGCUGGCCCCUACUGGCAUUUUUCUUAAUCGUGCACAGUUUCCAGUGUGAUUGCUUAAUUUAAUGAUUUUACUAAUACUACUGUUACUUGCAGAUAAAAACCACAUUUACAAAACAUCCAAUAUAUUGAGACAUUUUUAAUCUGUACAUUUUAGUUAAUAAUAAAUAUUUCUUUACAAA